CUUGUCCCGAUCCGAUCCACGUAUCGGAUCGGACGCCGAUAUUGGCAAAAAAAAUGCAUAUCGGCAAGGCAUGUAAAAAUGCCGAUCCAGACUGCCGAUCCAGUUUUUUAAAAAAUCCGGUCCGUAUUUUCCAGUUACACCGAUUGAAACAAUCCAUUCCACUAUUUUGCGGCAGUGUUCGCCCAAUCCGGUCCGCAUUUUCCAGAACACCUUCAACACACGGGGAAAAUGUCAGCGGUGUGGGAUUAUUUUAUCCUCCACGACGAAAAAGAUGAUGAGGUGGAGUGUAAAACAUGCCACAUUAGAGUCAAGCGUGGUGGUAAGGCUGUGAGACAUUUUAACACAACAAAUAUGAUCAAACAUCUAGCGAAAUAUCAUCAUAAAGAACAUCAAGAGUUUCUAAAGAAAACCGACGACAAGAAAAAGAAAGGUCCUAUACAACUAACUCUAGCAGAAACAUUUGGGAAGCGUGACAUGCUGCCACUUAAUAGUGCUAAAGCCCAGGGGAUAACAAGAGUCAUUGCUGAGGAAAUAAUUCUGGAUGACGAGCCAUUAUCUCUCGUCAGUAAAGUGGGCUUUAGACGCACCAUCCAACACCUGGAACCACGAUACAGCAUGCCCAGUCGUCAUUACAUCCUCGAGAAAACUAUCCCCCAGAUUCACAAAGACGUUCGAAGUUACAUUGAAAAACAAGUAGAGACUGCAACUGCGCUAAGUUUCACAACCGACAUAUGGAGCUGUGCUCACCGUCCUUUAUCUUUAUUAAGUUUAACUGCACACUGGAUUGGGCCAGACUUAAACCCCAAAAGAGCGGUUUUACAUGCGCGUGAGUUUAGAGGCUCACACACAGCGAAUGCCAUUACAGCCGCUAUGGAACAUAUGUUACUGGCUUGGAAGAUUGAUAAAAAGAGGGUCCAUGUAGUUUUAAGGGACAAUGCGGCCAACAUGAAAAAAGCAAUGGAUCAGCUCGGUGUGCCCAGCCUGGGAUGUUUUGCGCACACUUUACAGCUGGUUGUCCAACAUGGUUUAUUGGCACAGCGAGCUGUAAGCGAUGCUAUCGCUAACGGGAGAAAAAUUGUAACCCACUUCAAGCACUCCCCCAAGGCCUACUCGAAACUCGAGGAUGUUGAGGAAGAGUUGAACGUUGAACCGAAGCGUUUGCAACAAGAUGUCAAGACCAGAUGGAGCAGUACAAAGAUGAUGAUCGACAGCCUAGUGCAUUGUAAGCGGGCACUGCAGGCCUAUGCAUCGGAUAGCGACAGCAAUCUGCCAGCCACAUUAACAGGCAACCAGUGGUCGCUGCUAGAGAAAACGGCGACAGUCCUUAAACCCUUCCAAGAGAUGACAGCGGAGGUCAGUGCUGCCUCUGCCACAGCAGCAGAUGUCAUCCCAUCUGUCCGUGUCCUGACACGCUUUCUGGAAAGUGAGAGCGAAGAACACCGAGGGCUUCAAACCAUGAAGGCUACCUUACUGGAUGCUGUGCACACACGUUUUGACUACAUGGAAACUGAACCCCUCUAUGCCGUGGCAACAAUGCUGGAUCCACGCUACAAAGACAAGUAAGUGUUUAUUAUUAUUAUUAUUUGAGUGAGUUACAAGCUAUAGUACAAUAAUUAAAAUAUUUUACUCUACAGUUGUCAUUUAUUUCUAAAUAAAACAUUCUCCACUGUAAAAUCUAUUAAUAAAGUGUCCUACCAU